AAAAAAGUAGCAGGGUAGGAGGGGGAGUUGCACCGGGGUGCCUGUUUCACACCCCAGUGUCUGCGUUGGCAAACGGGACUGCCUACGCUUAAGUUGGGGCUCCCUCGUCCUCGGAACCCCCUCCCCUCCCCCAGUCGCUGCGGUUUCUCGGGCCGCCCCCGCCUGGGGAAGCCUGGGAAAAGUGUUUCGGGAGGGAGGCCUUGCUUCUCGCCUUUUUCUGGGGUGGGAUAGCGCUUGGCAGGUGGCUCUUCCAGUCCCUGCUCUAGAAGGGACUGCCCCUGCCCGGAUCUUAGCGUGAACCCAUGGACCCCCACUCCCCCCAGGGGUGGGAAGAGAUGAAGGAUGUUUUUCAAAGUUGUAUAAAAAUAAUUCCCGGAUACACCGUGACAAUAAAACAUCACUUUUUUUUUUUUUCCCUUUUCUGAAUUCAGUUGGAUGGGGGGAUGGGCAAGAGGAGGAGGGGUGAGGUUGAGGGAAGCUUUUCCUGGGGAGGGAAUGUAGCCAGGCUCUCUCCCCCUUACCUUCGUAAUUAAGCCCUCCCCGGAAAGGGGACUUUGUAACCCUGGGACCUGUGGAUUUCUUUGGCUUGGGAUUUGGGGUCCAGGUCUUCAGACUGCUUUGAUGGCUGUUGUGUAGUCCACCAUAUUUCCCUUGGGGCAGACCCUGGGCCAGCCCUCCCCAGGGGAGAAUGGCAUGUGGGUGGUGGAAACAAAGAUGGUGAGCCCCCUGCUUCCACUCUAAUAAGGGGGUGUUGUGCAAACCCUGGUGGUUGCAGGAGAGUUGACAUUUGUAUUCUCCCGCAUUGUUUGGGCCCCUUCAGCUCCAGAAAAUCCAAAUCUGGGUAUCCCAGCUUCCUUGCAUCCUCUCAGAUCAGCAAGGAAUCUGAUUUGAAGAGAACCUCCUACCCCCCUGCAAGGCCCCACUUUUCCCAGACCCUCAGCCUCCCUCCCUCCCCCCCCUCUUCUGGGGCCAUAGUUACUCAAAUCUUUUUUCUUUCCAUUUUUCUGUGUGUGUUCCUGCAUUCUUGCUUCUGUGUGGGUCUGCCUUGUCCCUGUUACCAUGCAGGGCUGUGUCUAGGCCAGGGAUCCACCCUGGUUGCUGCCAAAGGAUGAGCCAACCCCAGAGGAUGGCGCCGGUGGGCACUGACAAGGAGCUGAGCGACCUCCUGGACUUCAGCAUGAUGUUCCCACUACCUGUGGCAAAUGGGAAGGGCCGGCCCACCUCCCUGGCUGGAGCUCAGUUUGGAGGUUCAGGUCUUGAGGACCGGGCCACCUCGGGAUCCUGGGGCCCGAGUGACCAGAACAAUUCCUCUUUCGACCCAAGCCGGACCUACAGCGAAGGUGCCCACUUCAGUGACUCGCAUGGUGGCCUCUCAGCAUCCGUGUUCCUGGGAUCUGGGCUUGGAGGCAAGGGUGGUGAGCGGGGCACAUACCCUGCCUUCGGGAGAGAAGCAGGUGUCAGCAGCUUGACGCAGGCUGGCUUCCUGCCAGGAGAGCUGGCCCUGAGCAGCCCUGGGCCGCUGUCACCAUCGGGUGUCAAGGGCAGCCCGGCGUAUUACCCCUCAUUCCCCAGCAACUCCCGGCGGAGAGCCGCAGACAGUGGCCUAGACUCACAGCCCAAGAAGGGCCGGAAGGUCCCGCCUGGUCUUCCUUCCUCGGUGUACCCCCCCAGCUCAGGUGACGACUAUGGUAGGGACGCUGCCUACUCCUCCGACAAGACCCCAGGCAGCACCUACCCCACCCCCUUCUACAUGGCAGACGGCAGCCUGCACCCCUCAGCAGAGCUCUGGAGCCCUCCAGGCCAGGCGGGCUUUGGGCCCAUGCUGGGUGGCACCUCGUCCCCCCUGCCCCUGGCACCCGGUGCAAGCAGCUCUGUGGGCAGCAGCACAUUCAGCGGUCUCCAGCAGCCUGAACGCUUGGGCUACCAGCUGCACGGAGCCGAGGGGAAUGGUACCCUCCCAGCUGUGGCCUCUUUCUCUUCGGGGCCUGGAGCCACCUACAGCAGUGUCUCCAGCCACACGCCUCCCGUGUCUGGGGCCGACAGUCUCCUAGGCUCCCGUGGGACCUCAGCUGGCAGCUCGGGGGACGCCCUUGGGAAGGCCUUGGCCUCGAUCUACUCCCCAGACCACUCCAGCAGUAACUUCUCGCCAACCCCUUCGACCCCUGCAGGCUCUCCACAUGGCCUGGCUGGGACGUCGCAGUGGCCCCGCGCAGGAGCCCCUGGUGCCUUAUCACCCAGCUACGAUGGGGGACUCCAUGGCCUGAACAAGAUGGAGGACCACCUGGACGAGGCAAUCCACGUGCUCCGCAGCCAUGCCGUGGGCACAGCGGGCGACAUGCACAGCCUGCUGCCCAGCCAUGGCGCUCUGGCCUCGAGCUUUGCUGGCCCUGUGCCAGUGGGCGGGCGCCACACAGGCCUGGUCGGGGGUGGCCACUCUGAGGAUGGUCUUGCGGGCAGUGCCAGCCUCCUGCACAACCACACGGCCCUCCCCAGCCAGCCUGGUACCUUGCCAGACCUUGCUCGGCCAUCUGACUCUUACAGUGGCCUGGGCCGGGCAGGUGCCGUGGUGGGCGCAGGCGAGAUCAAGCGGGAGGAGAAGGAGGAUGAGGAAAACACAUCAGCCGCUGACCCCGCAGAGGAGGAGAAGAAGGAGCUGAAGGCCCCACGAGCGCGGACCAGCCCAGACGAGGACGAGGACGACCUUCUCCCCCCAGAGCAGAAGGCCGAGAGGGAGAAGGAGCGCCGGGUGGCCAAUAAUGCCCGCGAGCGGCUGCGGGUGCGGGACAUCAAUGAGGCCUUUAAGGAGCUGGGGCGCAUGUGCCAGCUGCACCUCAACAGCGAAAAGCCCCAGACCAAGCUGCUCAUCCUGCACCAGGCUGUGUCGGUCAUCCUGAGCCUCGAGCAGCAAGUGCGAGGUCAGUGGGCGCCGUUGGCGGCGUCCGCAUCCCCUGUUCUGCUGCCUCCUAGCUUUGGAGCCGCCCCUGUGACUGGCCCCGCCUACUGACUGACCGUGCUUCUGACUGGCCACGCCUCCUGCCCUGACGUGGCUGCCCCUCCGCUGGUCACGCCCCCAAGCGGCGCGCGCGCACUCUCCCCAUGGCCUGCCUGCCCGGUGCACUUACUGCCCUCCCCUCUGCUUUCUCCACGUGCACACACUUAGACACUGGUCCCUUCCCGACCCUGGCUUCCACCCCAACCCCAUCACCCACCACAGACAGACUAUCCCCAACCCCACUGACGACUACCCUUCGCCCUGCCUGGCCUCGUGACCCUCUGGGCUGGGAAGGACUGAACUGUGGGCUCCUCAGGCCUGGCUUUGCCUCCCAGUGCAUCUCUGGACCCAGUUCCCUGACUCCUGCUCAUGCUUCAUGGGCAGUAACCCCACCCCCACCUCCAAGAGUCCAGAGGGUGCAAACUCUUGUCUAAACCACCAGGGCUGCAUGUAGCACAAAGCUUUUCAAGCCUGGCCUGUACUUUUGACUCAGUUUCACAUCUGCAAGUGGGGGGUUUUGUUUGUUUUAUUUCGGGUUUUGUGGUGAUGGGAUGGAACUGUGUCCUCGUGCAUGCUCCCCAGGGUCUCUGCCCACCCUAUGUCGCAGGGCCAGGUGGGGAUGGACAGUGAGGGCCCCGCCCUGUGACUGGCUCCCCCUCCUUGCUGGCCGCUGCUUUCUUAACCUGCUCCUGUGCGUCCCUUAACCUUUCUCUCCCACAGCCACUGCCACCCUGGCUCGGAGGUGACCACGUCGCCCAAGUGGCAUGUGUGUCCUGCUGCGUCCCCACGCCUCCUCUCUGCUCUCUGCUUGUCGCUCCCCGCCGCCACCUCCUCUGCUCGCACGGCGGCCCCCCACCUCGCACUUGCUGCCAGGCUCCUCGGGGCCCCUCCCCCAGGUCCCCAGGCCUGGGAGGAAGGACAGCACCCACACAGCCAGCCUCAGGGUCUCAGUUUGGUCUGCGCGCUUGUCCUGGGCUCCAGCCGUACCUGAGGGCAGGCUGGGCAAGUGGAGUAACUUCUCGGUGCUCCUGGGUGCCUAUGGGUUCCAUGGGCAAUGGGCACCCACUCAGCCUAGGGGAAAGCCAAGGCAGGGGAAAAGGACAUUUAUCCCUUUUAGAGCUAUGGCUAGGUAGGACGGAGAUAGGGCCUGUAUCCCUGGGGGCAGAGAACAGCUGGUCCCUUUUGUGGUGGGGUCUGCAAAAGGCAAGUCCAGCACCACGUGGUCAGUGAUCCCAAGCUGUCCUGCAGGGGUCACAGGUAUAGUUUUUGACAGUGAGGUUCCUGGAGGUGAAAACCUGGUUCCCACCCAGUGCCCCAAGGAGCUCAUGUGUUUUCCUGGCUCACCAUCCCAGGCUCCUGGGAUCCGGGUUUUGGGGACCCAGCCGCUUCCAGCAGGGCAGGUCACUUUGUGUUGUCUCCCAGUCCACUCAGUCACCCAGGUUGCUCUGGAGAG